AUGCCACAGCUUGUGCUCCAGAGCGCAGAGCGCUCUGCUGCUUCCAUGACACCCAGGACGAACUCCAUCACGACCCCCGUGGAAGCUACUUCAUCCUCCAACCUCGACCUCCUCGACCGAGCUCGAUCUCCAACUGAAGUCCCUGUAGGCGAUAGUCCAACCGUUGGUCGCAUCAUUCGUUCUAGCCCGACUUCUCCAUUCCCUGGCACACUGUCAUUCUCGGGUCCCAGAUCUCCGCGACCAGCUAUUUCGAGUCCACUCACGGCCGCCGUCAACUUUCCUAACGGACAGGCAACACCCAGUCCCAGGACAGUCGUGUUUCCGACCCGAUCAACUCCGACGCCAACAUAUCGAGUCAACCAGGAGUCCGAGAAUAAAUCGAGCCUUGUUAAGCAGACCUCGUUCUACAGCGACUCUUCUGACGAAGGAUCACCGGAACCUCAUAGUCCUAGACAGGGCUACCAAGGCAGCUCGAAUGUGUUGCGAACCGUCUCCGAACCCAUAACUUCGAAGCCUGUUCCAGGCUCAGAUCCAACAAUCCGGUCACCGAUGGCUGGCCCGGUAGCUGCGGCUCAGGCCGAGUCCUUCAAAGGGGUUGCUCGAAAUUCCUCUAUCGACUCUGCGAUCUCAGCCAUUUCAACCAAGUCCGGCACAGGUGGCAACCAAGAUGGUCAGCAUGGGCCCUCAGAGAUCAGUCAUCUUAUCAAGACAGCAGGCAGCCCUGAAUCUCUCAUCCAGUACUUACUAAAAGAGAAGCAUUCUCAAUCACAACAAAACAGCCAGCUAUGGCGUCUCGUGGACAAACAACGGGCCAUGAUUCUCGGACUCAACAAGGACCUGGAAAGAGCCCUGAAAGAUAAGGAAAAGUACAGGAGGAAGUUGAAAGAAGUUAUUUCGCUCCCGUCUGUCUCAGUACCUUCACAAGAUGACGGCAAAGACCUUGUUCAAGCACCUAUACCAGCGCUUCCUCGGGUUGAUAUAGAACGAAACAAGGAACAAAGAAUAACCCCAGAAUCCCCGAUUCUCGAAGCCGACAGCCCUAGAAAUUCGCCGAUCGAUAUCACCAUGGCGCCUUACCCCAUCACUCCUCCAGCAGACCAGCUUAGCGCUCCACAUUCGGCUGUGGGCGAGUUGUUGAAUCCUGCGCAUGCCAUGCCCAAGCCGCAAGAUCAUGCCUUAGACAAGUACGACCAUGAGGCAGACGAGCGGGCAGCUGAGGAGGCACGGAAGGAGGGGCUGGAGAAGCUGGAGGAACCCCUCAAGGAAAUUCCGUACAAUGUGGCUAUUCCUCCUUCGCGUAGCAUUCCUAGCGAACCACCUAAGAUGCCACCACCUAAACCACCAGUGUCGCAUCUUCCUACUUUUGCGGUUCUCGAGGCUACCCCGCAGCCUGAUGAAGGACUUUCGAAGUUCCCUGUGCCACCACCGAGAAAACCACCUCCUGCGCCUCUUAAAUUGCACCAGGAAAUGAGAACGCAGCUCAGCCCGUCGCCCGAAGACGGAGAGACCGAAUCUGAUUAUGACGACAUCUUGGAAGUUGAUGAGAUUGUUAACGAUCGACGUGGUCGCCGAAGAACGCGCGAAGAGGAUGAUCGAGAUCGUGAGAUCAUAGCGUUCAAAGAGGCUGCCGCGCGCAGUGCGUCCAAGAAGAGCAAGUCUAGCCAACCUGGAUCUCCCAGAGAAACGGUGCCUGGGGUCCAUGCGCAGGAGCUCGCGACAGCCUCACUUGGAGAAAUGCUCAGCGCAACGGUCACAAGGGAAAUCCCUGCGCCUUUGUUGAGCCCGGGUCUACCCGCAAGCCCUCGACCUUCUAAUAUCGGUUCGCCGCCUAUGUCCCCAAGAUCAAUAGCCUUUCAAGCUGCGCCUCUAUCUCCAAGACCACCUCGUCAACCUAUCCCACUUCCACCAAAUACUCCUCUAGUAACUCCUGCCGUGAAUUCAGCAAGAGCCUCCGGAACUAGCACCGUCUCUGAGGACUCCUCAUCGUCACAAAAGCAAAGCGUUCCUGGCCAUUUGGAUAACCUUCAGGCCAGAAUGUCAAGUCCAAACAGCGACCGCACUGAGAUUUACAAAGGUCUAGUGACGGAGGAGUACCCCGAUCUUCUACUUCCGCCAAACGCCUUGCCCUCGAUCAAAAUUGUGGUUGCAUCGUCACGCAUGAAACCGUCACGAGCGAGCAUGAUGUCACUUACACAGCUCGAGGAAGACCCUGUUUUUACACUCGCCAUUAUCUCGCGAUCCGACAACGGCGAGCUCUGGCGAGUUGAGAAGGACCUGGCUUCACUUACACGACUUGAUCAGAAGCUGAAGCAGUGUACUUCGUAUACGGUCAGAGCCCCUGAUCGUUCCCUUUUCAGCGGGCAUGCGCCGGCAAAGCUCGAUGCUCGUAGGACGAUCCUGGAGCAAUUUAUGGACGACAUCCUUGAAAUACCCUUCGACUCAAAAACUGCUGUCGAGCUUUGCAAAUAUCUGUCAACUCAAGUUCUCCCACCUAAUCUGGAUGAUGCGGCGUCUUUGGGUGACUCCAUUACUGAGGCCACAGGGAACAAGAUAGGACCUGAUGGGCGGCCUCGUCGCAGCGGUUAUUUGACCAAGAAGGGCAAGAAUUUCGGUGGCUGGAAAGCCCGAUAUUUCGUUCUCAAUGGACCACUCUUGAAGUAUUAUGAAGUGCCAGGAGGUGCGCAUUUGGGAACUAUCAAGCUUCAGGGCGCUCAGAUCGGCAAGCAAAACCAGAAUGCCGAAACCCAGUCACCAGCACACCCUACUAACGGAGACGAGCUGGACAACCAAUUUCGCCAUGCAUUCCUUAUUCUGGAACCCAAGAAGAAGGAUACGAGCAGUCACUUCAGACAUGUUCUUUGUGCCGAGAGUGAUAGAGAGCGGGAUCUUUGGGUAGAUGCCCUUCUGCAAUGGGUUGAUUACCGUGAUCCAGAUGCUCCUGAACCAACGCCUUCAAGGACUGGGCCAGUCCAGGACCACCGUCACGCACAGCCUGUCGAACGACCCGCCCCAGGCAAAGUUCGAAAGACACCUGGAAAGUCACUCCACCACCCGUCAGACUCGGAUACGUUGGUUGGUGUUCGAUAUGAUACUACCCAACCAGGAGAUGCUCCUCAGGUUACUGGCCCUGCUCGACCAAAGACCUCGGGCGGCUUACCUGAUAACCACCACCACCACAAUGCAUUCGAAAGCUUUUCAUCAUCCCAAAGCAAGAUCAUUUCGGGCCCCAGAGACCCGCAGCCCAUAUCCGACCUAGGCGCUUGGGGACACAAACCAAACCUGGGCCCGACAGCUGACGAGAAAAAACAAAGAAAGCGAAGUUUCUUCGGCUUUGGGCCAAAGGCUCGCUCGUCAUCCGAGGGUCAAGAUUCUUUGUUUGGUGGCAGUGAGGGUGGUGCAAACGCGACGCCGCCGCAAAACUCUUACCAAGGCCCUGUACGACAAGCCUUUGGUGCGCCCUUGGCAGAGGCUGUUCGAUUCUGCUCCCCUACUGACGUAAAUGUACCUCUUCCUGCUGUUGUGUUCAGAUGUAUCCAAUACCUGGAUUCUAAGAAUGCCAUUCUUGAAGAGGGAAUCUUCCGUCUGAGUGGAUCGAACAUUGUCAUCAAGCAGCUUCGAGAGCGGUUCAAUGUCGAGGGUGAUAUCAACCUGGUAACAGAUCGCCAGUACUAUGACAUCCAUGCUGUGGCUUCGUUACUCAAGCUGUACCUGCGAGAGCUCCCGACAACGAUACUGACUAGAGAUCUACAUAAUGAGUUUUUGACAACAAUGGAGAUCACGGACCACGCAGAGAAGAUGGUGGCAUUAGGGGAGCUAGUCCAUCGACUCCCUCAAGCCAACGCCACGCUGCUCAAAUAUUUGAUUGGAUUCCUCAUCAAAAUCAUCAACAAUGCGGACAUAAAUAAGAUGACUGUCCGUAACGUUGGCAUUGUCUUCUCACCAACCCUCAACAUCCCGGCACCCGUUUUUGCCAUGUUCCUACAAAACUACGAGGGCAUUUUCGGCAUCGAUCCUGAGGUUUACGAGCUUCCUUCUCCCGUCUCCGAGCCUGAAUUGCAGCGUUUUGAGGCGCCGCCGCGAUUUGACCUUCCUGCUCGCCCCUCUACAUCCGGAAGCUCGUCUCCCCAUGGUAGUCAGAUGCGGAAAGACAAUGUCCGGGAAUUGCAGCGAACCACUCCUACCCCUCCCCUUCUAGUCAACAAUGCUCCAAUGCGAGCUUCACCUACAAGUGCGUCCAGGCCUGGUUAUGACCCUCCAGCUGGACCCUAUGAUGGCGGAUACCGGCCACCUUCAGCCACCGAUCGACGAUUCUUGCAAGCUUCACACGAGGAUCUCGGCAGUGCUUCAGCAGCAUAUGACCAGAGCUACGUUCCGAACAGACGUCGUGAGAGCGCCAUUUUCAUGGGUGGAAUGAUGGGUCCUCACCACCAGGGAUCUAAGAGCCGUUUGCGAGAGGAAACACGGUUCUAA